AUGGCGGUUGCGCAGCAGAACGCUCUCUUGGGGCCUCCCUCGCAGAGCUCGAGGACCCUCUUGCGGGUCGUCAUUCUCCUCUUCAUUGCUGGCGCGGCCAUUGCCAGUCGACUCUUCUCCGUCAUCCGUUUCGAGAGUAUUAUUCACGAAUUCGAUCCGUGGUUCAACUUCCGCGCCACCAAGUACCUCGUCGCGAACGGUUUCUACAAGUUCUGGGAUUGGUUCGAUGACCGAACAUGGCAUCCCCUGGGGCGUGUCACGGGAGGCACGCUCUAUCCCGGUCUCAUGGUCACCAGCGGUGUCAUCUACCACAUCCUCCAAGCCCUCACGAUCCCCAUCGACAUUCGAAACAUUUGCGUCCUGCUCGCACCGGCCUUCUCCGGCCUGACGGCCUUUGCCGCCUAUCUGCUCACGAAUGAGAUGACCACGUCGCCAUCCGCUGGUCUCCUCGCCGCGGCUUUCAUGGGCAUUGCCCCCGGCUACAUCUCGAGAUCCGUCGCCGGCAGCUACGACAAUGAGGCCAUCGCCAUUUUCCUUCUCGUAUUCACCUUUUACCUCUGGAUCAAGGCUCUCAAGCUCGGGUCCAUGCUAUGGGGUGCCCUCUGCGCGCUCUUCUACGGAUACAUGGUGGCGUCCUGGGGAGGUUACGCCUUCAUCACCUGUAUCCUGCCCCUGCACGCAUUCGUGCUCAUCUGCAUGGGCCGCUACAGCACACGUCUCUAUGUGAGCUACACCACCUGGUAUGCCCUGGGUACGUUGGCUAGCAUGCAGAUUCCCUUUGUCGGAUUCUUGCCGGUCAAGACCAGCGAGCACAUGCCAGCUUUGGGCAUCUUUGGCUUCCUCCAGCUGGUCGGGCUCAUCGACUACGUGCGCUCUGCCAUCUCAGGCCGCCAGUUCCAGGCCUUCCUCGUCACGGUGCUGGUCGCCACAUUCGGCAUCGGCCUCGCCGGGCUGGUGGCAUUGACCUCGCUCGGCUACAUUGCGCCCUGGGGCGGUCGUUUCUACUCUCUGUGGGACACGGGCUACGCCAAGGUUCACAUCCCCAUCAUCGCCUCCGUCUCCGAGCAUCAACCCACUGCCUGGCCGGCCUUCUUCUUUGACCUCAACAUCUUGAUCUGGCUGCUCCCCGCUGGCGUUUGGCUCUUGUACAAGGAGCUGCGCGAUGAGCAUGUCUUCGUCAUUACGUACGCUCUGUGUGGCAGCUACUUUGCUGGUGUCAUGGUCCGUCUCAUGCUGACAUUGACACCGAUUGUGUGUGUGGCGGCUGCUAUUGCUGCCUCGAAGCUGCUCGACACAUACCUUGUCAACUCGCCAAGCCAGCCAGCCACGUCGACGAGCGAGGCUGGAGAGAAGAAGGCUUUCAAGAGCACCGACAAGACGGAAUCUCCUCUGGGGGUCUCCUCCAUGGUAUCCAAGCUCACCAUCGUCGGAGCCAUGGUCGUCUACCUGUUGAUGUUCGUCAGCCACUGCACCUGGGUUACUUCCAACGCCUACUCGUCGCCCUCUGUUGUUCUCGCCAGCCGCAUGCCGGACGGCAGCCAACACAUCAUCGACGACUACCGCGAGGCCUACCAGUGGCUUCGUCAGAACACAAAGGAGGACGCCAAGAUCAUGUCGUGGUGGGACUACGGCUACCAGAUUGGCGGCAUGGCGGACCGACCCACCCUCGUCGACAACAACACCUGGAACAACACGCACAUUGCCACUGUCGGCAAGGCGAUGAGCUCCCGAGAGGAAGUCAGCUAUCCCAUCAUGCGCCAGCACGAGGUGGACUAUGUGCUUAUUGUCUUUGGUGGACUGCUGGGCUACUCCGGUGACGACAUCAACAAGUUCCUCUGGAUGGUCCGCAUUGCCGAGGGCAUCUGGCCUGAGGAGGUCAAGGAGCGCGACUUUUUCACUGCCCGCGGCGAGUACCGCGUGGACGAUGGUGCGACCGACACCAUGAAGAACAGCUUGAUGUACAAGAUGUCGUACCACAACUACCAGUCCAUGUUCCCGCCUGGCAAGGCUGCCGACAGAGUCCGUGGCGUUCAACUGCCGUCCGAAGGACCCGUUCUCAAUACCAUCGAGGAGGCGUACACCACCGAGAACUGGAUCAUUCGUAUCUACAAGGUCAAGGACCUGGACAAUGUUGGUCGCGAUCACUUUUCGGCGGCCGCUUUCGACCGUGGACAGAAGAAGAAGGCGGCCAAGAAGCGUGGCCCGCGGGUGCUGCGCGUCGAUUAG